AAAAGCACACAGUGCACUACACAGUGAGAGUGAAGCCAUACAGCGUUGGAGUGCGACAUGUUCGGAGAAUCCGCAGAAGAGUGGGCUACGGAUGAGGUAUGUAAAGAUCACCUAAAAUCCUCUCGAAGAUGUGAUUAAGGAAUUUCCCAAGCCCUCACCAUGCUCUUUCUGUGGAAUCUUUACCAUCUCUCUCCCUACUUGUGGUGGCUUCUCUCUUUUCAUAUCACAAGCCUAACCGGAGAACAUUCCAAGAUGAAACUCUCAUAUGGGACUCGUGAAUUGGGUUCAUUUCCAGGUGAAUACAUGUUUCAACACUCCUCCAGUCUACCUGUGAGUUGGGAAGAUGAUCGACAGGGAGUUCUGGGGGAAUAUAGUGAUACAGAGUUGAUUUUAGAGAUGACAUCGUUGCAUCAAAAUGACAGGGAAGCAACAAGGCCAACAGAGAGUGCCGGAGAACAUACUCAAAUAAGAGCUUCUUCUCCUACAAGACUUCCCCUGACUGCAAAUGGAUCUAUGUUCCAUACCACAAAGCCUGGAGAACAUCAGCCAACUUUUCAGAGCUGGGAAAAGCCACCUGAUAGGCAGGUUCCACUCCUUCUUUCUGGUCCACUCUCACCAAACGGUCCAAAUCAGGAUUUUACAUCCAAGACUAGACCUGCACCCGGUGCUGACAAGAGUAUCACCACCAGAAGGACAUUGACUGUUACAACAAAGGCAGUAGAAGAUACAGAGGAUGUGGUUCUGAUCAAGGGAGCUAACAUGGAGACAGAAAGGGAUGUCUCAAAAGAUGGUGAUGAUGACCAAGUCUCAAAGGCUAACAGCCCUCUCCAGACAGACGAAGACAGCAAAAACACAUCAGUCAAACCCUGGGGAACAACCGUCCCAAUAUGGACUUCCAUCGACCUUGAUGAUUUCACACCCAGUGAACUGGGUCCCUCUCUGGCUCACAGCGCUGCCCUUUUUGUCCCUCUGUACUCAGAUUGGAAUUCUGCCCUUGCCACAUGGGGAUUUGCCUGGGAAGCCCACAUCUACGGUCUUGGAUCGGUCUUUACGGUAUUUGGCCUGAUCUCUGUGGUCUCCCUGUUAGGACUUCCCUUCCGGUGUCCAUCUGGAAGCCCCUACUUCAUCCUCCUGCACUUGUUCCUCCUAGGAUUCACAGGAACUCAGGCUUUCUGUUUGCUCUACGACGCUUACAGUCACCAAGAUCGUCUUCCACCUCUGUGCUCUCUUCUGCUCUCCCAACUUCCCUUCCCUUGUUUGAGCUCUGCAUUUUCCCUGGCCUUCUUCAUUCUUUCCCUGCGUUCACGCAAGCGUCUUUCCCUUUCACUCGCCAUAUCCCCCUCACUCUCUGCCCUCCCCAAACCUUGCCUCUUACUAUGUUUAUCCCUGGUGCACUUUGGGGUUUCUCUGGGAUGUGUUGGCCUUCUCCAGCUCUUCUCCAGCCUCCCCACUGUCAUUCUCCUGCUCCCUCAUGGUGUGUUUGUGUGCCUCACACUCUUCCUCUCGUGCUCCUACGUUAUCUUUUUCUGUCUUAUACAAGUAGACACAAAACACAUCUAUAGGCUGAAUGACAAUGGGGAGUGUGGAGGAUCUCCUGAGAUGAUUCAUCCCACAAGUUGCCCCUUUGCCAAUGUGGAAGAUUGGGGUAGGGCGGCAGGUGCUGGAAUAGGAGCCACCUUGUGUUUGUUAGGAUGUGGAGGUCUGCAGCUUUAUGGAAUCUUAUACGCCCUUGGUAUGGGUGGGGUAGAAAGUGACGGCUUCCUACCUUGGCCUUGGUGGGGCUAUCAGAUCGGAUGUCGUUUAUGUGAGGCUGGUGUGUGUCUCGGUUUGUCUCUCAUUGGCACGCAUCCUCUAUUUUGCCACAGCAAGUCCUUCAAGACUCAUCCCAGACCAGGAUCUUGGUCUCGACUGUCCUGUGGCUCCCCCUCACAAGGGCUAACCCUGCCCUCUCCCGGUAGCGCAAAUUCUCCUGUACUUUCCUGGUCACAAGACCAACCAGAAAAGAUGGUAGUGUGUGAUGUCACCACAAAGGGACAAUCAGAGAUUCUUCCUUUAAGCUAUGUGGCGGAUCCUCCUGGAAACGGAUUUGGAUCUGUCUCAAUGCCUUGGCAAAACCGAGCUGCUUUACCACACACAAGUCCACCUCAGCCUAAAAAUGCACUGGAGUUCCAGCUAUCCUCCCAGAUAAAUUUAGGGCUGGGGGCUGACUCUACCGGGGACUUACGGCCUCCAUCUCCAAUAGACUUGUCUCGCAGCAUUGACCAGGCUCUGUUCAGUGAAUCCCUAUUCACUCACAGUAUAUUUGGUUUGUCAAGACUCUUUCCUAGUUCCUCUAGCCAUUCACUGGGAUCUCCCAAGCAAGGUACAUUAAAACAAGGGUCUUCCUCGAUGGAAAGUUCUCUUUACAGAACCUCUUCCUGUGGAGACUUGGAUCAAGAGAACUCUAAACCUUCCAAGCCUCAUGUUUUACAGAAAUCCCUCAACAAUAAACCACCAAUGUCACAGGAGCAGUUUGACUGGAAAGGGAGUGCCUCUGGAUCAACUUUGGGUCUCUGCAAUAAAUCCAAAGAGGCAGGAAAACUGCGAUCUAAUUCCUGGGCAAACAGAGGGCAACACAUGGCGCAGAAUAGCCUUCCACGCGCCAUCCCUCACUUGUCUUAUCACAGACGUUACCGAACUUUGAGUGUAGCCUCCAAAGACAGUUUGGGAUGCGGACGACUGGCAGGGACCAAACAACUGAGUGAGAGCAAACAGUUAGAAUGGGAUUUGGCUGUACAAGCAGAGUUUGUUGAUGUUUGCAGGCAAAUUGAUGCUUUUAGCGUUUGCAGUGACACCAUUGAUUUGUAACCACAGCAUUGUCUCUUUGUAAUCCCUUCUGUAAUUCAACUACUUUAAGAAAGAUAACUUAUCACAGAAAAUUAUCGACAGAAAAAUAAUUACCAACAAAAAUGUGAAUAAUUUUUGCAAUACAUAAACCUUAACUUAAUUCCAUAUAUUUUGAAUUGAAUUGGAUUUGUACUGUACAUAUUUAAUAUUAAUAUAAUCAAUGACAUUUUCAGCAUGAAUAUAAUCAUGUUGCUAAUUAUUGUGGAGAAGAAAAAAAAGCUUGUUAAGUCUUGUUUACCGGCUUUUGUUCUGUAUAAAUGGCACUAACACUACUGUAAAUGGGGGGGAUGAAGUCAACCCUGCAAUUUUCUGUCUUUAUCAGAGCCAUAACAGAGGCGGGAUAGUGCAUGUGUAUAUGGGUAUUCCUCAAUGCCAGGACCGGAAGUUUAACACCCAACUGUGUUGAAAGCAUCCAUCUAUUUUCUAUGCCGAUUAUCAUCACUAGCAGCGAGCGGGCGAGAGUUCGGGGUACACCCUGGACUGGUCACAUAUAGACAAACAAUCAUUCACUCACAUUCAUACCUAUAGACAAUUUAGAGUCGCCAAUUAACCUAACAUGCAUGUUUUGGGAGGAAACCGGAGAAAACCUACGCACAGGGAGAACAUGCAAACUCCACACAGAGAUCUCCUGACUGUGUGGCCAACAUGCUAACCACUAGGCCACCAUGUUGAAAGCAAUUGUAUUUAAUUUUCUUGUUAUUGUGACAACAGGAAAAAUGACACUGUCCUAUCUUUCACAAUCAAACAAAGAUAUUGUCAAUCAGUGUCUUCUAUUUAAUUCAAACAAUAUGCAGUACAUAUUACAUAUUUGUACAAGUUCUUUCUUUGUUCCUUCUGCCAUACAGCAGCUCAUUUUAUUGAAGAGUUCACCACAACAUCCUGAGUGAGGUCACAUACUAUACUGUACAUAUGUACCAUUUGGAGAAAAUUACUCUGAAUUUGCACGAAGCAGUCCGGUAAAAAGCUAAUGAGCAAAUGCAAAUGUAUGUACACAUAUUUUCUCCUCCAACAUGGCUUCAAGUUCUAAAAAACAAACAAAAAAAUAAUCAAAACUUUUCCGUAAAAUGACAUUUUUGUGACGGUUUGUGAUGAAAUAAAAUUCAGUCAAAACACAAUGUUGUUGCCUUUUUUUGUAACUA